AUGUUCUUCGACAAAGUGCAGGGCGAUGCUGUAAGAUACAGCAUCACCGCGGCCUGCGGAUCCGGAUUCCUACUCUUCGGCUACGAUCAAGGAGUCUUUGGUGGCCUACUCAGCAACAAGCCCUUCCUCGAAACAUUCAAUCAUCCCAGCCCCACCAUGCAGGGGCAGAUUGUUGCCACCUAUGAUAUCGGUUGUAUUAUGGGCACAUUGCUCUCCAUCUUCGUUGGCGACAAAAUCGGUCGAAGGCGUUGUAUCCUCAUCGGCUGUGUCAUCCUGAUCAUCGGUGGUAUUCUUCAAGCCGCUUCCUACUCCUUGGCACCCAUGAUCGUUGGGCGCAUCGUCGCUGGGGUCGGCAAUGGCAUGAACACCAUUGCAAUCCCUAUUUGGCAAUCUGAGACGGCAAGGGCGCAUCAACGCGGGAAGUUGAUCGUCCUUCAACUUGUCACCAACAUCUUUGGAAUCGUCAUUACAAAUUGGAUGAACUACGGCUUCACGUAUAUUCCCGAUAGCCCAAUCAGCUGGCGCUUUCCCCUCGCGUUCCAAUGCUUCUUCGCCAUCGUCACGAUUUUCAUGGUGCUCAUAGCGCCUGAGUCACCUCGAUGGCUCGUGAUGAGAGACCGAGUGGAAGAGGCACAAGCGAUCCUCGCUCGACUUGCCGGGAAGCCAUCCGACGACGCCGAGGUUGUCGACGAGGUCCAAUAUCUCGUGGCAAUGGUCCAACACGAAAACGAAGUCCAGAACUCUGUCUCGGUGAAAGAGAUCUUCAGCAACGGCGAGCAAAUGACCUUCCGGCGCAUCCUUCUCGGAGCAGGCACACCGUUCUUCCAGCAAAUGGGAGGCGUCAACGUGAUUGCGUAUUACCUACCGGUGGUGCUGGUCAGGUCUUUCGGCAUGAGUGAGCGAUUGGCGUUGAUUCUCUCCGCCGUCGACUCCAUGUCGCUCAUGUUCUGGGGUGCGAUGGCAGCCUUCCUCAUUGAUCGCAUUGGUCGCCGAAGGCUUAUGCUUUGGGGCGUGGCCUGCAGCGCCGUCUGCUUUGCCCUCGUUGCGGUCGGCUUGCGGUACGGUGGCCCCGGCAAGGACAACAAAGGCAUGUCUACCUUCGCCGUCGUCUUCAUCUUCAUGUACUACGUCUUCUACGGCAUGUCCAUGCUCUCGAUUCCGUACAUGUACCCGGCCGAGAUCAACUCGCAGCGUAUGCGCAAUAUCGGGACCUCAAUCGCCACGGCGGUCAAUUGGACGUUUGUAUAUGUUGUCGUUGUCGUCACUCCCACUGCCAUUGAGAACAUCGGGUGGAAGUACUAUCUCAUCUAUGCCGUCUUCAACGUUUGUUUCGUCCCGAUCAUAUACCGCUGGUACGUCGAGACUGCGAAUCUGUCUUUGGAGCAGGUCGACCGUCUCUUCCAGAUCAAACAUGAAGGGGGCAAGGACACAAGCUGGAAAGAGGCGACCAGGCUGGCCCUCAUGGAGACACAAGAGGUGGUGGAAGAGAAGAUUCAGGGAGCGCAGCAUAAGGAAUUUGGCCAGACUGUGGAAAAGAAAUGA